AUGGAGGGCUGUGGGCCAUUGCAUUCGGUGGCAGGCUCGGGUAAUAUGGCAGUCUGCAAGUACUUGGUGGAGCAGCUCGGAGUUGAUGUAGAUUUUGAAGCUAUUAAUCAUGGUUCCGGUCUCACACCUUUGGCUUUUGCAGCGGCACAUGGGCAAGUGAUUGCUGCAAGGUAUUUUCUUGACAAAGGUGCUAAUCCAAAUAAGAAGAACUCCUCUAGAGGCACAACUCCUCUGCAUGAGGCAGCAGAAGCAGGGCAUGAUGAAAUAGCACGGCUUUUGCUAUCAAAAGGAGCUAGUGUUGAUGCAUCUUCUUCUUACGGGGCUCCUCUAGUUGCUGCUGGUGUUCGUGGGAAGUUCAGUGUUAUGAAGAUUUUGUUAGAGAAUAAUGCAGAUCCAAACAAGGUCUCAUGGGAUUUUGGUACACCCCUGACUUCAACUCUUUAUGGUGCUCCUGAAAGAAUGAGUGAAUCCACUUGCUUAAAGUGUGUGAAACUUCUUGUCGAGGCUGGUGCUGAUGUCAAUUGUACAAACCCUGAGACUCCACUGGAGAUAGCAACUUUCAAAGGCUUAACUAGUUGUGUUGAGUACUUGUUGGAGGUUAGCAGAAAUGCUAAUCUUCCAGUAAACCAUGAUAAGUCAAGUGACGAAGAUAGCAAGGCCCAGCUGAAAUCACAAGGUGCAAAAGCAGUUGAGGGGAAGAACUAUGCCACCGCAUUAAAAUUCUAUACUGAGGCAAUCAAGCUCGAUCCUGCAGAUGCAGUGUUGUAUUCAAACAGGAGCCUGUGCCAUCUAAAGUGUGGAGAAGCACAUGACGCUUUGCUUGAUGCCAAUGCUUGCAUAAGUCUGCGGCCUGAGUGGCAUAAGGGUUACUAUCGGAAAGGAGCUGCCCUCAUGUUGCUCCUGGAUUACAAAGAGGCAUCUGAUGCAUUCUUGGCUGGAGUGAAACUGGAUCCUAAAAAUAAGGAGAUGAAGAAAGCUUUUUGGGAGGCAGUUGAGGCGAUGCGGAAGGAACAUUCUUGA